CAAAGUUUGGAGAAUUGCAAAUAAUGCACGAGUAUAAAAGACGCGGCAACAGUCGAGGGAUCAUUCAAGUCGUCGACAAGAAAACAACCAACAUGAACCGCCUGGUACUCCUGUUCGCGCUGGUCGCCGUCGCCCAUGCUGCACCUAAGUGGAAUUUGCUUGAUAUAGCGUUGGAGACUCCCGUAGCAGACUUAGGAGCUAACGUAGGCGAGGAUGGAGUCGGAUUAAGCUUGGUUCCAAACAAAAAAGUUCAAUCCGGUUUAGGCAGCCUCAUAAAAGGCAUUGGCAAUGUCGUCGGCAAGGGAGCGGAGGCAGUCGGUAACAUCGGUGAAGGCGUCGCCAAAGGUGUAGCUAAUGUCGUCGAUGGAACUGGAGCCUUGGUAAAAGAAGUGGGCAAUGGCAUCGGCAGUGGACUGGGAAGCUUAGCUGACGGGUUACGUAACGACCGUGAAGAAAUGAAAGUUGAUGGUGAGAAUGCCAACUCCAACGCCCAGGAAGUCGCUGACGAAGUCUCAACAAAUUUGCUUCCACCCACUGAAUCCAACUUGAACAAACCCAUCAAUGACCUAGCCAAUGAUGGAAACUCAGACUCCAACGCUCAGGAAGUCGCUGCUGAAGUCUCAACAAGUUUGGUUCCACCCACUGAAUCCAACUUGAACAAACCCAUCAAUGACCUAGCCAAUGAUGGAAACUCAGACUCCAACGCUCAGGAAGUCGCUGCUGAAGUCUCAACAAGUUUGGUUCCACCCACUGAAUCCAACUUGAACAAACCCAUCAAUGACCUAGCCAAUGAUGGAAACUCAGACUCCAACGUACAGGGAAUCGAAGAUGAUCUGUCAGUAAGCUUGAUUCCAGUAGAAAAUGGUGCCGCCGGCGGCAUAGGCGACCUAAGCAACCCCUGAAGUCACCAUUGAUGGUAACGUCAGAAUGUAAGUUAAGGUGUUAACAUCAGAGCGUAAAUGUUUACUGUUUACAUUGUUAAAUUCAUUUUUUGUUUUACUUUUUGAAAUAGAUUUUUGAAGCAUUUA